AUGUCCGCCUCAAGCAUACAAUUCGUCUCGCUCAGUGCUGUAUCUGUUCGGUUUGUCAGCCUUGUCAGUGUUUCCUCUGUCGCGGCGCUCUCGGCACAAUCGACGAUCUCAAUUCGGUCAGCGAACUCUGUCCAGUCAGAGCGCUCGACACUGUCUGUACACUCCGUGCGGUCCGUGCGGUCCGUACAGUCCGUACAGUCCGUACAGUCCACGAGUAGUGUCCAAUCCCUUGCCAGGCUUUCGUCACUCUCAGUGCAGUCCUCUGAUUCUCUUCGACCUCCCGCAUACCUCUCAUCGCGUUCGGUUCGAUCGACUUCAUCCCUGGGGAGAUUCUCGAGUUUGACUCCAUCCGGGUCCUUUGUGUCGUUUCCUGCUUCUUCGGUGCCGUCUAGCACGGUAUCUUCAACUCUAACGCCAUCUGCACCCUCGUCGACUUCAGCAUCCGGAAAUCUCUCUAGUAUCGUGACGACAUCCACUGGCAUUCCUGUCACCGGACAUCGUGCAAGGAACUUACCAGCAAUCGUAGGCGGAGCGGCAGGUGGCGGAGUGGCUUUUUUUUUUCUCGCUUUCCUGCUUUAUUGGUGUUCCAGAACGGACGAACCUGAUUAUCUGGAAGAAUCUGCACUCGAGCAGCAUGGUCACGGUGAGUACCCAGUGGUCAGGAAGUCCCGUCAACACAGUCAACCAUCUGGUCCGCCAGGAUUAGGUGGUGCACGAUGGGAUCUGUAUGCCCCUGUGACCUCGAUGGCGUCGUCACAUUAUGAUCCGUAUAUCCAGAGUUCAGGUGUUACCAUUGGGACUAGCGAGAGCCGCAGUCACACAACUACCGGAGACAGAUUCCCAUCUCAAAUCCAGCUUUAUCCCCAGCUACAGUCAUCCCCACGACCCCAAAAUCAACCUCUGGAGCGUGAGGGCCGAGUCCAGCAGUAUCUCAGCCAGGAACAACCCAGUGGUAAAACCAGCAAACCUCUACGUGUUUUAAACCCCGAUGCUCCAUCACCGGAACAGUCGCCCGUUUCUCCACAACAGCAUCCCUCAAUUACAUUCAAUUAA